AAUUUCGGUUCGAUUUUAGUUUUUCGGCGCCAUUUUCGAGUGAAGGAGCUAAGUAGUAUGACUGCUUUUCUUGACUGGUGACUAUUUUCCCGGGUACAAUGUGAAUUUAUGUCUUGUCUGCAUAGGACAGCAGCAAAAACGGCUUGAGAACAAGAAAAAAAAAAUCGGGAUUUGUAUGACAAGCGAAACUUCACGAAGAUUAAUUGAGUUUUAGAUUGAAAUCAUGCCGAGCAAAUCAUCAAAAAGUUCGACAGCGGCGAAGCCGAAAGGAAAGCAUGCUAACCUUGUAAUUGAAUCCCAAGACGAGAUGGAAUUGCCACCAAAAGAAGCGAUCAACGAGAAGAAAUCGGAAGUUAAUGGAAACGGCACACCCGAAGUCGCAGUAGAGGCUGUUGAUAAUCGAAGUUUAGAGGAGAUUUUGAAUAGCAUCCCUCCUCCUCCACCCCCAGCAAUGACCAAUGAACCGGGAGCUCCUCGUCUAAUGAUAACCCACAUUGUUAAUCGAAACUUCAAAUCAUAUGCUGGCGAGAGAGUUUUGGGGCCUUUUCAUAAGCGUUUUUCCUGCAUUAUUGGGCCUAAUGGCAGUGGAAAGUCAAACGUAAUAGAUUCAAUGUUGUUUGUGUUUGGGUACAGGGCCCAAAAGAUAAGAUCCAAAAAACUUUCUGUGCUUAUACACAAUUCAGAUGAGCACAGAAAUUUAGAAAGUUGUACAGUGGAGGUUCAUUUUCAAAAAAUCAUCGACAAGGAAGGUGAUGAUUAUGAGGUCAUUCCAAACAGCACAUUUUAUGUUUCAAGAACUGCCUACAAAGAUAACAGUUCGGUAUACCAUAUCAAUUCAAAAAAAGCAAACUUCAAAGAUGUUGGAGCUUUGCUCCGUAGCCAUGGAAUAGACCUGGACCACAACAGAUUUUUGAUUCUCCAGGGUGAAGUGGAACAAAUUGCUAUGAUGAAGCCAAAAGGUCAAACUGAGCAUGAUGAAGGAAUGUUAGAAUACCUGGAAGAUAUAAUUGGCUCUCAAAGACUGAAGGAACCAAUUCAGAUCCUUUGUCGUCGAGUUGAAUUAUUAAAUGAGCAUAGAGGAGAAAAGCUAAACAGAGUUAAAAUGGUAGAAAAAGAGAAGGAUUCCCUAGAGGGGGAGAAAAAUCGUGCCAUUGAGUUUCUUACAUUGGAAAAUGACAUUUUCAAAAAAAGAAAUCAUGUUUGCCAGUAUUACGUUUAUGAUUUACAGAGAACAGUAAAUGAUCAGGAGUUGCAAAAAAAAGCAAUCAUUGAUGAUACAAAAGAGCUUAAUGAAAAAAGCACCAAACUUGCAGAAGAGAUGAAUGUGAAGAACAAGUUGAUAAAGAAUGUUGAAAAGAAAAUGGGUAAAAUCACAAAGUAUAUUGAAGAAAAAAAGGGAAAGUUUGCUGAGUUAGAUUUGCAAGAUGUAGAUGUGCGAGAGAAAUUAAAAAAUUCAAAGAGUAAAUUAAAAAAACUGCAAAAGCAGCUUCAAAAAGAUAAAGAAAAGGUUGAUGAGCUGAAAGAUGUGCCUGCUAACAGUGAGAGAAAGAUUCAGGAAGCAACCAGAAAAAAAGAAGAGAUGGAAAAGCAAAAAAUAGUAGAAGAAGAAAAAUUAAAGAAGGUUAUGGAAAGUCUGAAACAAGAGACACAGGGUCUUCAGCAAGAAAAGGAGGAGAAGGAAAAAGAACUGAUGGAGUUAAAUAAAGCAGUAAAUGAAUCGCGGUCUAAAGCAGAUGUAGCCCAAUCAGACUUAGACAUAUAUGUUAGUCAUCAUAAAACUGCCUUAAGUCGGCUGAAUAAUGCAAAAGAAGCCCUGCAGACUGCCACAGAAACACUCAAAGAAAGAAGAACCGCUAUUAAAGAAUUAGAGAUUCAGAUACCCAAAUGUGAACAGGAGCUUCAGAAGGCAGAAGAAGAAUUAAAUCGGGUUAUGAAAAAUGAUAGUGAAAUGAGAGAAAGUGUGACAAAACUUCGCCAGAAGGUGGAAGAAGCUAAAAGUUCCUUUUCUUUAAACCGCAGUCGUGGAAAUGUUCUUUGUUCUUUAAUGCAACAAAAGAAGAGUGGACAAAUUCAUGGAAUAUUUGGAAGACUGGGAGACCUUGGAGCAAUAGAUGAGAAGUAUGAUGUUGCUAUAUCAUCAAGUUGUGGAGCUCUGGAUAGUAUUCUUGUUGAUACUAUUGAUACUGCUCAAAUUUGUGUGAAUUUCCUCAAAAGUCAAAAAGUGGGUGUUGCUACAUUUAUUGGUCUGGAUAAGAUGAAAGUUUGGGAAAAAAACAUUGGAAAGAUUCAGACCCCAGAAAAUGUUCCAAGACUUUUUGAUAUCAUUAAAGUACAAUAUAAGGAAUAUAUGCCUGCAUUUUAUUUUGCUUUGCGUGAUACUCUUGUGUGUAAUAACUUGGAGCAUGCCACUCGGUUGGCCUUUCAGAAAGAUAAACGAUGGCGAGUUGUUACAUUAUUGGGACAGAUUAUAGAGCAAACUGGCACUAUGACUGGUGGUGGAGGCAGAGUAAUGAAGGGAAGAAUGGGAUCAUCAUUGGUGUCUGAAGUUUCGCAGGAAGAAUUGGACAAUAUGGAGAAGGAACUUCAGAAAGACUUUGCAGCUGCAAAGGCAUGCCAAGAACAAAAGGUCCAUCUUGAAGAAAAAGUUCACACCCUGAGGCAGAAUAUUCGGGAAAUGAAGAACACUUUGGAGAAGUAUACUGCUAGCAUUCAGAGUAUGUCUGAGCAAGAGUUUCAGCUGAAGACGCAGAUCAAAGAGCUAGAAGCAAAUGUUGUAGCUGCUGUACCAGACAAAACCAAACAAAAACAACUUGAAGCAACAGUGGAAACUCUAAAAAGUGCUUUUGAGAAUGCUGCUGCCAAAGCUAGUAAAGUUGAAGCAGAAGUCAAAAGACUGCAUAAGCUUAUUGUUGAUAUCAAUAACCACAAAUGCAAAGCCCAGCAGGAUAAAUUAGAUGAAGUCAACAAAGAAAUAGAUGAAUGUACAUCUGUAAUAACCAAGGCACAGGUUGCUAUUAAGACUGCUGGAAGAAAUUUUAAGAAAGCUGAAGAUGCAGUUGUUCGCACAAAUCAGGAGAUUGUAGACUGUGACAAAUUAAUAGAGGAAUUUACACAGUCUUUAAAAAAGCUUGAAGAUGAGGCUACUGUCAUUAUGAAUGAAUGUAAAGAGGCUGAAGCUGAAUUGCCUGUAAUACAGGAAGAACAUAAAGCUGUCCUUCAGGACAUUAAAUCGCUGCAAGAUGCAGAGCAUGCACUUCAGAAAGAAGCUUUGAAUAUCCGACUAAAAAUUGAGCAAAUUGAAAGUCGCAUUGCAGAGCAUCAAACAAAAAUAAAACAUUGGCAGAAAGAGAUGUCUAAAAUAUCUCUUCACGUAAUUGAUGGCAAGCCUCUUGAAGAGCUUAAUGUUAUGACUCAGGAGGAGCUUGAAGCUACUACUGAUCCUGUUGCCAUAAAUAAUCAGAUUGUACUUCUAGAAUCAAAGUGCUUGGAAAUGAAACCAAACCUAGGUGCUAUUGCAGAAUAUAAAAAAAAGGAAGAAUUGUAUUUGCAGCGUGUUGCUGAGCUUGAUGAAAUUACAAAUGAGCGUGACAACUUUCGGAGGGCUUAUGAAGAUUUGAGAAAACGGAGGCUUAAUGAGUUUAUGGCAGGCUUCAAUAUAAUCACUAAUAAAUUGAAGGAAAAUUACCAAAUGCUAACUCUUGGGGGUGAUGCAGAACUGGAAUUGGUGGACAGCCUAGACCCAUUUUCCGAAGGAAUUAUGUUCAGCGUUCGCCCGCCUAAAAGUUGGAAGAAGAUAUUUAACCUUUCUGGUGGUGAGAAAACCCUCAGUUCGCUAGCUCUGGUUUUUGCACUUCACCAUUUUAAGCCAACACCUUUGUACUUCAUGGAUGAAAUAGAUGCAGCCUUGGACUUCAAAAAUGUCUCGAUUGUUGCCUUUUAUAUUUAUGAGCAAACUAAAAAUGCUCAAUUCAUCAUUAUAUCAUUGCGCAACAACAUGUUUGAGAUUGCUGACAGACUUAUUGGUAUCUACAAGACGCACAACACAACAAAGAAUGUUGGAAUAAAUCCAAAAGUAAUUGCUGCAAGAGACCUGCAGGAUAUGCCAGCUGUAAGAUAAAGUCUUCUGGAAAAUCUUGGGGGCUUCAAAGAUUAUGCUUCACAUUGCGAGUCCUGUUUUUACUUGUUAUGAUCAUGACUUAUUUAAUGUUUUUUAUUUUUUAUUUUUUUUGUCAUUUAUGUACAUAGAU